AUGAGCCGCCUGGUGGCCCCAAAGUUGCUGAUACCAUCUUUGCAUGGCCAAGGGACUUCCAAAGCCCCAAAGGCCGAAUUCAGAAGUCCCGAGCCUAUCGGGCCGAUCGGUCCGUCAGCUUCCAGCUUGGUAGACCCGGGGCAUACGACUUCCCAGCUUGAUGCACAGCGCAUCACGCACUCCCUGUCGUCAAGGUCGGAGUCAAGAGCCUCCUCGCUUCCGGUGCACGUAGCAGAUCUGCCAGACAGAACCUGGAGUGCAGAAGGGAGCGAAGUUCGUUCACAGCUAGGCUCUGCGAGUCAUGCGGAACCCAUCAGUCCAACAAGUGCUUUGGGUGGCGCAAUCUCCACUUUCGGAGCGCCGGCGGAAUGGUGGCACGACUCCAUCAUUUUAGGAAGACUGAGUGCCUUGGCACUCCGUUACUUUACCACGAAGGCCAUCAAAAAGCCAUGGAGAGCAUGGAUGCGGUACAUCGACACUGUGCGCAGCAAGCAACAAGCCUGCCUUCGCAGCCAGCUGCAGCUUGCGCUGCGCCUGUGGAGACGGCGUACCUCGUGGUACGGCCGACGUCUGGCGCCAAAGAGACACCGGCAUAGCUUUAUAUCGUUUGAGCCAAGGGUGGACACGGCUUGCCUCCUUGGUUUGCUUGAGGCGGUAUUUGCCCAGCGAGAUGUUGAGCGAAGGCUUCGAUUGCUACACCUUAUCCGUCGUAAGAUGAUGGAGACUAUGGCCCAGGUCCACUACUACCAGACGCUGUUGCGGUUGGGACUUGGGGCAUUCUGGCUAGCCUUGAAGACAAGGGACACCUCAUCAACAUCUGCUGGAGCAAGCCCAGUGGUGUGCUCGGGCAGAAGCCACAGCCACGUACAACAGGUGUUGAGUCGGGCUUGGCGCCGGUGGUGGUUCGCCACGCGAAUGUGGCUCUCUUCCACUCAGUAUCAGGAGCGUGAGCUUGAAGCAUGGCUGACUGGCGAAUGCUCGACGCCACGGUCCAUGGUACUUGCUGAGGCAUUUGGAUCCUCUGAAGCUUCAGCCCAGCCAGAAGCUGGCCACGGGCUGGCGCCUUUGACGGAUGGCCAUCAGGUUGUUUAUGCAAGGGAUUCUGCCUUAGUUCUUCAGCAGGUCCCAGCCGAAGGCAGCCAGCCACUGCUGCAGGCCAGAUCAGAGCCUGUGGUGCUACAGGAUGCCCAGGAGGCAUGGCUUCAGCGAUCACAGCAGCUGAGCUCUGCGCGGCGGUCACGACAACUCAUGAAGGCUUCGCGCGAAAGCCUGAAAGGUGACUCUCGACUGCGAGGAAGAGACGUGGGAGCCAGCAAGCGCCUUUCCAGCGAGGAUUUUGGCGCGGUUCUCACUUCUAGCAAGAGAGCCAGCAGGGCUGAUUCCAAUGCCUCCUCCGAAGUCGAGGUGGAGUUUGUCAGCAUUUGGGCGGAUGGUGAGUGGCCAUCGAAGACUGGUGCACUGCCUGCGGGCUUGGCACAAACAGGUUCUGCAGCAGCAAUCAGUGGAGAGCGAACAGGAGCCGACAGUGAUCCGGCGGCAAACUUGCAGUCUUGGCGUGCAGAUGCUGAGGUCGUGCAGGCAGAAGAUGAAGCCAAUGACUUGGAGCGCUUGUGCGCAACAGUGGACCAGAAGGGAGCAGGGAUUUCGAAGACCGAUUUGAAUGCCCUGCUCGACCACGGCAUCCACUGUGUUGAGACUAUUGCUUUCAUGCCGUUGCGCAAGCUGCAUGAAGUGAAAGGAAUCGGCGAAACAAAAGCAGCGCGGAUCCAUGCUGCUGCGAAGCAGCUAGUUCCAAUGCGCAUGGUGAGUGCCGCAGAAAUGCUUCAGCUGCGGAAGAACAUGGUUCAAAUAACCACAGGAUCUGCUAAGCUUGACAGCUUACUGAAAGGAGGAGUUGAGACUGGCCAGAUCACAGAGAUAUUUGGUGAAUUCCGAUGUGGCAAAACGCAGCUGUGCCACACACUCUGCGUAGCUUGCCAGCUGCCGAUCAGUCGUGGAGGUGGCGAGAGCAAGGCCCUUUAUAUUGACACGGAGGGAACCUUUCGUCCAGAGAGAUUGGCUGACAUUGCCAAGCGAUACGGGCUCAAUGAAGAGGAUGUUCUUGAGAAUGUUACCUACGCGCGCGCCUACAACGCUGAGCACCAGGACAAGCUGUUAGUUGAAGCUGCCAGCGUUUUUUGCGAGUCGAGAUAUGCUGUCCUGAUCGUUGAUAGUGCGACGGGUCUCUUUAGGACCGACUACAGCGGCAGGGGAGAGCUAGCUGAUCGCCAGCAGGCAUUGAAUCGGUUUCUUCGGAAACUGCAGCGCAUAGCCGACGAGCAUGGCGUGGCCGUUGUCAUCACAAAUCAGGUAAUGGCAUCUCCGGAGAGUGGGCCAGCUGCUUAUAUGGGUCCACAGGUCAAGCCCAUCGGGGGACAUAUCAUUGGCCAUGCAAGCCAGACACGGCUCUUCUUCCGGAAGGGCAAGGGCGAGACUCGCAUCUGUAAAAUUUACGAUUCGCCUUCUCUCCCAGAAGGCGAAGCUAUGUUCGCCAUCGAUGCAGGUGGAAUUGUGGAUGCGCCCGAGGGCAAGUGA